AUGUGGCUCAUUGACACGGAACACCAUUCCCUUCGCAAGUUCGAUAAACCCCCCUCACGAUACGCCAUCCUGUCUCAUGUCUGGACGUCCAACGAGCAAGACUUUCAGUUCGUCAUCGAACGGCACAAUCGCUCUCGCCUCGCCUCCAAGAUCAUCGAAUGCUGUCGACAUGCCAAACUCCGCGGUCUCGAGUGGGUCUGGAUCGACACCUGCUGCAUCGACAAAACCAACAGCGUCGAGCUCUCCGAGGCCAUCAACUCUAUGUUCAAGUGGUAUGCCGGCGCCGACGUCUGCUUCGCCUACCUCUCCGAUGCCCCAGCCGACGAAGACCCGACCGCAAUCGACUCCAAGCUCAGGCUCAGCGUCUGGUUCACCCGCGGCUGGACGCUGCAGGAGCUCAUAGCGCCCAAGAACGUCGUUUUCUUCUCCCACGACUGGACGAUGCUCGGCACAAAGGACCUACUCGCCAAAGUACUCGAAGACAUCACUCGCAUCGACAUCGACGUCCUCAGGCUCCAAGCACCCCUAUCCUCCGUCUCCGUGGCGAAGCGCAUGUCCUGGGCGUCUUCUCGAGUCACCACCCGUGUCGAAGACGCCGCGUACUGCCUCAUGGGAAUCUUCGACAUCAACAUGCCGACCAUCUACGGCGAAGGUUCGCGGGCGUUUCGUCGACUGCAGGAGGAGAUCAUGAGGACGUCACCCGACCAGACACUUUUUACUUGGGGACCCUCGCUGUCUCACACUCGUCGCUUCCCACCCUGA